AUGUCAGAGAUCAAUGUCACCGCGGUCAUCUAUCCGCAGCCAGACAAGUUCGACGAGGUCGCUGCCUUAAUCACCGAAGUCACCAAAAAGGUACAAGAGAAUGAGCCUGACACUCUGCUUUACUACGCAUUCCAAGUGCAAGGCAAGAAGGAGAUCGCAAUUGUCGAAAGAUAUAAGAACCAGGCGGCCGUGCAGGCCCACGUCAAGUCAGCCUAUUUCCGCGAAUUUGCCGCCAAGAUGGCCAAGCUGACCGCAAAGCCCUCUGAGUUGCGGGCUGGCGGAUUCCUGGGCGGUUCGCGGGGCGUAUCGCGGCUGUAG